GGUAGGCAUGGGCGUAGCUACCAGCUCAGCAAAAAACAGGAGGGCCUGCAGGGAGACACACAGUGGGGCCUGCACGCGGGACCAGGGAGCCGGACCCCACACCGCUGUGGGCAGCAUGAGUGGGCAAGUGGGUGACCUGAGCCCCUCGCAGGAGAGGGCACUGGCCCAGUUCCGGGAGAACGUGCAGGAUGUCCUGGCCGUCCUGCCCAGCACUGACGACUACUUCCUGCUCCGCUGGCUCCGAGCUCGGAGCUUUGACCUGAAGAAAUCAGAGGACAUGCUGCGGAAGCAUGUGAAGUUCCGGAAGCAACAAGAUCUGGACAACAUCCUCACGUGGCAGCCCUCAGAGGUGGUCAGGCUGUACGAGCCCAGUGGCUUCUGCGGGCACGACAGGGAGGGCAGCCCCGUCUGGUACCACAUCAUCAGAGGCCUGGAUCUCAAGGGCCUCCUCUUCUCCGUCUCCAAACAAGAGAUUCUCAGAUUCAACUUCUGGAGCCUGGAGCUGCUCCUGCGAGACUGCGAGCAGCAGAGCCAGGAGUUGGGGAAGAAAGUGGAGAAAAUCUCGACUGUUUUUGAUUUCGAGGGGCUGAGCCUGAGGCAUCUGUGGAAGCCAGGAGUGGAACUUGUCCAGGAGUUUUUCUCGGCACUUGAGGCAAACUACCCUGAGAUUUUGAAGAAUUUAAUUAUUGUGAAAGCCCCCAAGCUCUUCCCGGUGGCCUUCAACCUGAUCAAGCCGUACAUCACUGAGGAGACGCGCAGGAAGGUGGUGAUCCUCGGAGGCAACUGGAAGCAAGAGCUGCUGAAAUUGAUCAGCCCUGACCAGCUGCCAGUGGAGUUCGGGGGGACCAUGACUGACCCCGACGGCAACCCCAAGUGCCUGACCAAGAUCAACUACGGGGGCUACGUGCCCCAGCAUUACUACCUGCGCAACCACGUGAGGGUGCAGUACGACCACCAGGCGACCGUGGGCCGAGGCUCCUCCCUGCAGGUGGACAACGAGAUCCUGUUCCCGGGCUGCGUGCUCAGGUGGCAGUUUGCGUCAGACGGAGGGGACAUCGGCUUCGGGGUUUUCCUGAAGACCAAGAUGGGGGAGCGGCAGCGGGCCGGAGAGAUGACGGAGGUGCUGGCCAGCCAGCGCUACAAUGCCCACAUGGUGCCGGAGGACGGGAGCCUCACCUGCACGGAAGCUGGCGUCUACGUCCUGAGGUUUGACAACACCUACAGCGUGAUCCACCCCAAGCACAUCAGCUACACCGUGGAGGUGCUACUCCCGGACCAAACCUCCCUGGAGAAGAUAGAGAAAUUCUAAAGCCUCGCAGUUCCCGCACCCUCCUCUGCGGCCUCUGGGUCUGCAGUGAGCUCACAGCCUUCCCUGGCCAGGCCCCCUCCAAUGUCCCCAAGGAUGGGAAUCCUACUGAGCUGGUCCCAGCCCUUCUGUCACAGUGGGUCUGCAUCUUCGGAGCUGCUGGGACCGUGGCGGCCAGAAAAGCAACAGAAAAACUCUCCAGCCCCUGUGACUCAAGCUCAGAGAAAACUCCUAGGCCCUUUUCUACCAACCGAUACUGAGUCGUGAGUUCCCGUUCUGAAAUACAUUGUGUUAAAACAAAAAAAUGUGCAGGGCUUCCCUGCUGACUCAGUGGUAAAGAAUCCGCUUGCCAACGCGGGAGACGGGUUUGAUCCCUGAUCCGGGAAGCUCCCACACGCCGCAGAGCAGCUGAACCCGUGCCCCGCAACUACUGAGCCUGCGCUCUGGAGUCCAGGGGCUGCAACUACUGACGCGUGAGUGCCCGAGAGCCCGUGCUCCGCAAGAGAGACCACCACAGUGGGAAGCCUGAGUACCGCAACUCGGCAGUGGCCUCCUGCUUGCUGCAACUGGGGAACAGCCCACGCACAGCAGUGAAGACCCAGCACAGCCAAAAAUAAAUAAAUACUUUUUAAAAGAAAGAAAAUGUGAAAUAUAAUAUGACUGACAGAACUGGAAACAAUUGCCACUGAAAAGAUAAUGCAUUACUCAUAGUUCCCAAGAGAAGAGGGCAUGGAUGCCACAGGGGAUCACCCUGAGAAACAGGGGGCGUGGGUGGGAGGCAGGGGGGUCAUGAGAUGGAAGGAGGGGGAGGACCUGCAGGCAAAAGCCUUUGUUAUGGUUUCCCCAGAGGGAAUGGGUGAGGCGGGGUCAGCAGGCUUAGAAUUGGCUGUUUUGAGUGAUUUCCGCAGGCUCUAGGGCCAAGGGGUUGUCCCAUUUGUCUGGAACCUGGUGCUGGGUACCAGCUGCCCUGAGUUUGAGCCUGAUACAGGAGGAGGCUGGAGUGUGGGCUCCGUGUUUGAAAAGCACACUCGUGGGCAAGACUCUCUCUUGUUGUUCAGUUGCUCAGUGGUGGCCAACUCUUUGCGACCCCAUGGACUGCGGCACGUCAGGCUUCCCUGUCCUUCACUAUCUCUCGAAGCUUGUUCAGACUCAUGUCCAUCAAGUCGAUGAUGCCAUCCAACUAUCUCCUCCUCUGUCGCCCCCUUCUCCUCCUGCCCUCAAUCUUUCCCAGCAUCCACAUCUUUGACUGUCUCUCUAGGAACUGGCUAUUCCUGGGAGGGGUGGUCCCUCCAGGGUCAGCAAAGCCCCAGGUGUCAAAGCAUCAGAGUACAGAAAAUAGGAGAUGAGACUAAUAGUUACCUAGCAAGCAGCUGCGCCGCUGCCCCUCUGAAUACACAUUCCUUCCCCGGCAAGAAAGAACUCUUGGCUCACACGUUCUCCUCCCUAGUGUGAGGGUAUCCAAGAAUUGGUGCACCUGCUCAGCCUCCCUCCUCUCAGGGACUCCCCUGGUGGUCCAGUGGCUAAGACUCAAACUCCGAAUGCAGGCUGCCUGGGUUCAUCCCUGGUCAGGGGACUAGAUCCCGCAUGCUGCAGCUAAUGUCCCUGAGUCA